CGUUUAGAUGUGGAUGACAACGGCAAUCGCCGUCAUCUCGAUAUCUUCGUUGUGCAACGUGCGUUCCCAUUCGCAAACACCAAAUAUGGUCGAGUGAUUUCGGACGGACGUCUCUGGUUUUUUUCCCUCCGAAUCGGCCGACGUUGUCCAUGCUAAAUGCUAAUAUUCUCCUCCUACCGCCCCGUCUCUUGAGUCACACCGCAGAUACUACCUCAUAAUAGUCUCCCCUUCCCCUCCUCGCACCACCGUAUAGUCGACUGAUGACGACGGCGGCCGACGGUACACACACGACCACGACGACGGUAUACGGCGUACGCACCGUGUUCCGGUUUCCCGUUCGCGCGCGCCACACACUUUCGGCAAUCUGUCCGAAUCGCGUUGUCUGUGAUAUUAUCCGUUUUCGUUGACAACGCAUUUGAGUUUGCUGUGACUGCCAAUAAUAAUAAUUAUUUUUAUCGUAAUUUAAUAAUAAUCACCGGCCGUCUGGAUUUCAACAGUUAGCGUGUGUUGGUCGUUCGAAAAACGCCGGUCGCUCUUUAGUUCAGUGUCGUGUAUAUGUGCGUGUGUGUGUGUGUGUAUGCGCGCGCGACUAUUACCGUGUCCCCGAGAUAACGCCCAGCCGAAAAAAAGAAGAAAUAAAAAAACAAUAUUAGAAUAUUUAAUACACUAGGUACACGUUACGUAAAAACACGAAUUUAAAUAAAUAAUUCCUGUUGCAUGAGUCACCGAGAUGUCUUUUAAAGUAAGAAGCAGCAAGUUUCGUCAUGUUUACGGUACAGCAUUGAAACGAGAAUAUUGUUAUGACAAUAUUAGAGUAUCCAAGUCCUCUUGGGAUUCAACAUUUUGUGCCGUUAACCCAAAAUUUGUGGCUUGUAUUGUUGAAUCGGCUGGUGGCGGAGCCUUCAUUGUUCUACCUCUUAAUAAGACCGGAAGAUUGCCUGCAGACCAGCCAGUAGUGGGAGGCCAUAAAGGACCAGUAUUAGACAUAGCCUGGUGUCCACAUAACGAUAAUGUGAUUGCCAGUGGUUCUGAAGAUUGUGUUGUAAAGGUUUGGCAAAUUCCAGAUGGUGGUAUUUCGCGGACACUGACCGAGUCUGUUGUUGAUCUGAUCUAUCACCAAAGGAGAGUUGGUCUGGUUUUAUGGCAUCCAACUGCGCGAAAUAUUUUAUUAUCAGCAGGUUCUGACAAUCAAGUAGUAAUUUGGAAUGUUGGUGUUGGUGAGCCACUCAUUCACAUUGAUUGCCAUCCUGACAUAGUGUUUAGUGCAUCUUGGAAUUUUGAUGGAUCACAGUUGUUGACUACGUGUAAAGAUAAAAAACUUAGACUUAUAAAUCCUCGAAGUGGUGAAGUUGAACAGGAAGUAAUUUGUCAUGAAGGCAGUAAAGCCUCUCGAGGUAUUUUCUUGAAAGGAGGAUUGAUAUUUACUACAGGCUUCAGCAAACUGUCUGAAAGACAGUAUUCAUUGAGGUCUCCUGAAAAAUUGGAUGACCCAAUUGUAAUGGUUGAGCUUGAUACGAGCAAUGGUGUCAUGUUCCCAUUGUAUGAUCCUGACACAAGCAUGAUUUAUUUGUGUGGAAAGGGAGACAGUGUAAUAAGGUAUUUUGAAAUUACUGCCGAACAUCCAUUUGUACAUUACAUAAAUACUUUCCAAACGCCUGAUCCUCAAAGAGGUAUUGGUAUGAUGCCAAAACGUGGUUGUGAUGUAUCGAUUUGUGAGAUUUCAAAAUUUUAUCGGCUAAACAACUCUGGACUAUGUCAAGUCAUCAGUAUGACUGUUCCCAGAAAAUCGGAAUUGUUUCAAGAAGAUCUGUAUCCAGAUACAAUAGGGGAUAUUCCAGCUAUUGAAGCUGAGGAUUGGUUUAACGGUCAAGAUGCUGAGCCAAUUUUAAUUUCAUUAAAGGAUUAUCAUCAGCCGACCCGAUUACCAACUGCAUCGGAAAUGAAAGUGGCGAAAAAGCCAAACAUAUUGGAUAAACCAUCAGCAAACAAAAGUGUUUCUAAAACGAGUUCAAACAACAAUACCCUUACGGCACCAGUUGGUGUAGCAAAACCUCAAUUCCAUCAACCAUCAUCAAUCCCAGAUGAUAUAGUGAAAGAGUUCAAAGAAGAGAUACGCAAGCUGAAAGCGAUGAUUGUCAAACAUGAAAAUCGUAUCCGGGCAUUGGAAGCUCGGGCAGCUGAGGAUUGUACUGACAAAGGGAGAAACUCGGGCGACGGACCAACGAAGAACAAUGACCACAAGGAUAUCCAUGACGAAUCUAAAGAAGAUGACCUGGACGCCAACAUUGAUGACUGAGUAUGCGGUAGAAUCAACAAUUAUUAAUUUUAAAACCUAUUUUGAGACCCAUAAUAUGUCAUUAUUGUUUCGUUCACAUAGACUAAAAAUUGGUGAGAACUUGUAAUAUUUAUCACACAUUAUCAUGCUCAAAGUGGUUUCAAUUCUAUAUUUCUCUAGUCUUCAGCGUGUGGUUUAUGUAUUAGUAUACAUUUCAAUAUCGAUUAUAUUAAGUACAUCUUUUCCCCUUGAUUUUUAAUAGCUCUUUACGCUUUUUUGUACGAGUUUGGUAUUAUUAAUUCAUGCAUUCUCUCGGCACUUUUUAUCUACAACACAAUAUUUUGUUUUUCGUUUUUUUUUUGUUAAAUCAAUAACAAUGAGUGGUAAUUUUAUUAAAAUAAAAGUAUUGUAUUUUUUUACUGUAUUUGUUAGAUUUGAGAGCUAGUUGGAGGCAUACAUUGUAAAAGUGUUUUACUUGAUUUUUUUUAACAAUUUGAAAUUGGAUAUACUAUAAUUAUUUUGUUUAACUUUAUUUAUUUUUUAAUAAUUAGAUCAUACUAUGGUAAUUAAAUUAAUAAUUUCAAAGGAAACUGAUAGUUCCUAAGCAAAGAAUUUUCAUGUAUCAUCAGAGAAAUUAACAAAGUCUGAAGAAUCUACAUAUGUGCCUCCAAAAAACUGAAUUAAACUAAGAAUCUCUAGUCUUUUUGAGCAUUAUAAAACCAAUUAUUAAAGAAAAGUUGAUAAAUUAUUUUAUUAUGUAAAUAAUAACAAAAAUUCUCUAAUAAUAAAUGUCAAUUAGAGUAUACAACGAAUGUAUUUUUAAAUUUAACAAUAAACAAAUUUUAGUGCUGAAUGAAACGAGUUAAUAUUUAUAGUACUUACUAGAUGUGAUAAUAACAUUCAGUCUGUGCGAAUUAAUAUUUAAUAUAUAGUUGUAAUUUAAUACCAUAAAUAUAAUUGUAUUAGUUUAUCUAAUGCCUCUUAUCAGUCUUGGUCCUUAAAUUUGCUAAAAUUUUAGUUCUUAAAAACAGUUAUUCGUGUAGAAUCAAUAAAAUUAACUGUUAUGUUAUUAUUUUUCAUAAAUAAUUUAGAUAAUUAUUCGCCAACUAUAAUACUUUUUGAUUACUGUAGAUGUGCUAAUACUAGUACUGAGAAUAGUUAUUUUUAAUUUGUAACAAUUAUACUAUAUGGUGUAUUUUCAUUUAAUAAAAAAAAAUCAGUUUUAUUGUUACAAAAUAUUAAAAUAAUUUUUAGAACUGCCUUUAAUAAUUUGGUUCUUUUUGCUUAACUUUUUUUUUAAUAAACAUUUGAAUUGCCUUGUUUUGCAUUUAAAAUCUAAUUGUAUAUAAUAAUUAUGUACUAAGCUUUGUAUACAACGACGACAGCCAUGAUUUAUAAGUUUAACAAUUUUUACUAAUAAUAUAAAAAUGUAAAGACAAAUUGUUUGAAGGCUAACAAAGUACACUUGUUGUGGUAAGCAUCUACAGUCAAACUUUAAUGUGUUUUAUUACCAAAUGGUACAACUACAAUUUUUUAUUAUUAUUUACAUUCACUUGUUAUUAUAACAAUGAAAUAAUUAAAAUAAGAAUAUAAUAUUUUUUAACUUUUAUAUAAAAAAAACUACCUAACAGGGUGCUUAAGCGAAUUUGUUGUAUGUUAACCCUUUGCAAUAAUCUGAGUGCCAAUUUUAUAUUUUAAUAAUUAUAAGCUUCCCUCGAGUUAAAAAAAAUUAACACUUACGAGUUUAUAUUUGACUAUUGAUACUGAUGGAAAAGUAUUUAUAAUUCUACAUCAAUUAAAAAAAAGAACAAUUGUUUUAAUAAUAAUAAUAAAAAAAUAUAUUAUUGGAAAUUGUUGGCAUCACAUAAUGACACGCCCAAAUGUGGUGUAUUAAGAGCAAAUAAAACCAAAGCACCUUCUCUAACCGUUUUCCAAUCUUUAAUUUUCAUAAUGUACAUAUAAAUUAUAAUAUACUUUAUAUAAAUUUGUUAUCUAUUUUUAUACAUUUUGUAUAAUUUGUUUUCGUCAUUAUUUUAAUGUAUUUUUAUUAUUAUUAUUUUGGCUAUUAUUUAUGACUUAACACGCUACAAUACUAUAUAUUUAUAUAUUAUAUACCCUGUCUAAGAUUAAAGCUUUAUAUACUACUAAAAGUAAACUUUUCUUCCGUUAAUGUCUCACCCGAAUAAUAAUUCUUAUAUA